CCGCCGCCGCCGCCGCUGCUGAAACUCAGGCAGCAUGCGCGGGCUGAGGUGCGGCCCGCCGCCCUACUGGCUGGUGUGCGGCGCGUCGCUGGCGGCGCCCUGGGCGCUGGGCGUGCUGCUGCUGACGGCGCAGGCGGCCGAGGAGGCCACGGGGCCCUGCGUGCUCGCCGCGCUCGCCCUCGCCGCCGCCUCCGCGCUGCUCGCUGGACUGACAAUUUAA